CGGAAAUAUUGGUAUGAGAUAAUUUUAUAGAAAGGAUAUAUUGUUUCAUUUUAUUAUAAAUCUCUUUUUUAAAAUACUUUUUUGGGGCAAGAAGUCAAUGACAAAAUAUACAUAUAAAAAGACAAGGAUGAGAUAGCUGAUGUUAAUUGAAUCAUUUAACAUGAAGUAUUUAGUAGUUCUAUCACUUGUUGUAGCAGUUGCUCUGGCUACAGAACGUAAAUACCAGAUCAUAACUGCCUACCACGAAUGCGUUAGUGGCGUGUUAGGUGGGCCAAACGAUCCAAGAAAACUGGUAUUGCAAGAUGAUGCAGAUGUCGCUAAAGUAGGCGCAGCGAUCUUUUGCAUCAACAAGAAAACUGGAUUACAGAAUUAAAAUGGUGAUAUAAACCUAACCGUUCUAAAACAAGAUGUAAGCCAUUGGACCAAGGAUGAGGCCAAGGCUAGUGAAGUUGUUGAUGAGUGCACAAAGAACAAGGGAGCAGAUGCCAAUGAAACUGCGUUAAACGUAUUGAAAUGUUUAGUGAAGAAGAACGAGAAAUGAGAAGGAAGGAAUAAAGUAAAAUUAAGGAAAUAAUUUUCAUGCAAAUACUUUGUUGUUGUUAAAAAUAAAGAUGGAACAAUU